CUUUUAAUGAAUUUAUUAACUUCCAAAAUUAUGAGUUGGUUUAAUCGAAUAUACCGAUACUAUUAAUUUUAGGGAUCACCGGCUUAAUACCACAACCACAACGAAAACAAAAUCACGGUUGAGGGCACAGACAGCUUUUGGCAGCUCAAAGAAUGACGUUGGGCGCGAAAUAUGCAAACGCGCGUUUCCUCGGAAGCACUUCCGCUUUCUCCCACUACAGAAAAAAAAUCGCGGUGGCGAACCUAUUCCAGAAGUACGGUUUCCCCUCUUCCCUGAUCCCUUCCUUCAUCUCCCGCAACCCUUCCCUUCUCCAUUCUCCUCUACCUCAACUCCACCAUUCCCUCACCACCCUCUUCUCCCUCCGCAUCCCCCAAAACGACCUCGUUUCGCUCCUCACAACCAAUCCCUCCCUCCUCCACCAUUCCUUCCACCACACCCUCCAAUCCCGUCUCCCCCAUCUCCAAACGCGCUUCCCCACACUCUCCCCUUCCACCCUCCUCAACCUCCUCCUCUCUUCCACAAAGUUACAUCUCGACCCGCUCCAACUCUCACCCAAGCUCAACGCGCUCAAAACCGAUUUCGCGUUUUCCGACGCCACCGUGGCCAGUAUUCUGGAAGGGUUCCCCGACGUGGUUGUCACGAGCGAGAACGAAAUCGCGAGCGUGAUAGAUUUUCUCGCGGGGUUCGGAAUUCCCCGGGACGAGGUUGACCUCGUUGUCCGUUCGUUUCCUAGGGUUUUGGCACUCAGUGUUGAGCAGAGGCUGAUGCCGUUGUUUCGGGAAAUCAAGGAGCUAGGGUUUUCCAAUCGUGAGAUGAGGAUAGAGAUCACGCGGGACCCGAGGAUUCUGGGGAUGGAAAUUGGAGAGCUUACGCGGUGUUUGAGACUGAUAGAGAGUUUGAAAUGCAGGGAAAGUAUCAAAGAGAGGGUUAUAGGUUCGGGUCUGAUGAGAGCGUGUUUUGAGGUGAAAUUAAGAGUGGAUUGUUUGUGUGGGUAUGGUUUGACUCGAAGGGAUGCUCUGAAGGUUAUUUGGAAGGAGCCUAGGGUGAUUUGUUACGAGGUUGGGGAUGUUGAAAGGAAGGUUGAGUUUCUGGUUCAGAGGAUGAAGUGUAGUGUGGAGUGUUUGGCUGAUGUGCCUAAAUACUUGGGUGUGAAUUUUGAGAAGCAGAUUGUGGCUAGGUACAGUGUGGUGGAGUGUUUGAGGGGGAAGGGUGCCAUUGGGUUUGAGUUUGGGUUGAAGGAUUUGGUUAUGCCUUCUAGGCUUAGGUUCUAUAAUCUUUAUGUGAAGCCAUACCCGGAGUGUGAAAAGAUCUAUGGAAGGUUUUCUGGGCGUGGUGUUCAAGUUAAGACGAAGCAUCCCGCUGGACUGUGGAAACUUUUUAAACCGCAGAAGUUUGCUGAAAGGGAUGAAGAUGUGAAGAGCGUGAGGUCAUUCAUGGAGUCUCUGGUUUAGUGGUCUGAUCUUUGCAUAUGAUGUUGGUUGGAACUCUGGUUUUGGUGGGAUGAAUUUGAGUCAACGAAUGACUAUCAAAAUUGAGUUUUGACUUGAUGCGUACUUAUAUUAGUACUCUGGAAUUGCCCUUGCCCAAUCGAGAUUCUUUGAUGUGCUUCUGAAAUCGAGCUUUGUAGGAAGUAUGUCUCUCUCAUUUUUUCUCCAAGUAAAUAAUAAUAACAGGGUCUAGCAGCAGAAAAAAGGCGACAUCACCAAAGGCACUGAUUUCUCUGCCUCUGCCUCACUGCCCCUGCCUCACACAACAGCUAAUGAUUUCAGGCUAACUUCCAAAACUACAUUUCUAUUGACUAUCAGACAUAAGUUGUUGUAUUUAAUAUGGAGCAAGACUUAGAAGUUCAUUCAUUCGAGUGAAACGAAGUUAAUUACUCGAAAUCUUAAGUCAUCCGUGGGUCACAAUAUCACAUGCUCUCUUGAAAAUUGCGUUUUGUUUACGGCAGCACUGCGUCUGACAUGAAAGUUCCUCAAAGAGCUUCUCGAAGCAUCCUUUCGGGGCACAAGAUAUAUUCUUUAAUAGUGUAUACAUCUCCCCGUUGUUUUGGACUGAUCAGCUUAGUUUCUAGAAUAGUUCCAGGUGUGCUAUUGGAAGGUUUGUUGCCACCGGAUGUACUGAUACAAAAAUAAAGCUAUUUGAGGGUUCGAAGAUCAAUCAGAUGUUUCUACCAGAGGCAAAGGAUUGUCCUUAGCGGCCUCAGAUCAUAUAAAGUAAUAAUAAUAAUAAUAAUAAUAAUAAUAAUAUAUAUAUAUUACUAAUUUAUUUUUAUAUAUUGAUUACAGUUAAUUUAAACUUUGUUGUAUCUGUGAUUGUAAAAAAAAAUUAAAAAGAUUGUUAAAUUCUAGUCGAUUCACUGGAUGUCUAGAUAUAACAAUGGAAAGUUUAAAUUUUAUCUAUAAGCUUUCGAACGUGUGUUCUAUGUAGUAGUGUUCCAAUUACAUUAUGCACCAAAACUUUCAAAUAGUUAAUAUCUUGAGAAAGACGGUUUAAUGUUUAUUCUAAUGUUUAUGAGACAUCACAUGCAGCUAAACAAUUGAAAAAAAAAAAAAAACUCAGAAGCAAUGUUCUGAUCUAAUCAAAACCUUAAAUUUGUUGGAUCUAACACGUAAAAAGGGUACGGAGUGUAUAUUGAAUUUAACGAUUUGUUUUCUUGGUAUAGGAAGAAAAACCUUUU